GUGGCUACAAGUGUAACCUCGAAGUGCGUUGAAUGGUUGGGAGGUGUAGGUUUUACGAAAGAGUACCCUGUGGAAAAGUUCUAUCGCGACGCCAAAAUUGGUAAGGAUUUUCAUUUUACUUUCAAAAAGUUUGAUAUGUUCCUAGGAACCAUAUACGAAGGGACGUCAAACAUUCAACUGAAUACUAUUGCCAAACUUAUCGACAUCGAAUAUCAGCACCAUGCAUGA